CCUUCAUGCAUCACAAGCUCUCUUUACCAUUCUGAGUUCUGACUGCUUUAUCCAUUCUAUCCUACAUGGCACUCUCUCUUUUGUGUUUUGUUCUCAUUGCCACCUUUCUUUUCAUGCAAACCCUAGCAGAUACUUCAUGCACCGAUUGUUUUGUUCAAUCUCAUGCAUCAUUUUACCCAAACUCUGAAGAAAACGGCACAGAUACUGGUGCAUGUGGAUUUGGUUCCUUUGGUGCUACUAUUAAUGGUGGGGAUGUAUCGGCUGCAUCUAGUCUUUAUCGAGAUGGAGUUGGCUGUGGCGCUUGUUACCAGGUGAGGUGUACCAACAGUGUUUAUUGCUCAGGCAAUGGUGUCACGGUAGUUUUAACUGAUCAAGGCUCAGGAGAUAACACUGACUUCAUUCUUAGCCAACGAGCCUUCAGUGGGAUGGCUCAGAGCAAGGAUGCAGCCACUUCUCUAUUAGCUCUUGGUGUAGUUAAUAUUGAAUACAGACGGGUUUCAUGUAGCUACCCAAACAAAAACAUUACUAUUAAGAUUGAUGAAAGCAGCAGCAAUCCUCAUUACUUGGCUUUUGUCUUAUGGUUUCAACAAGGAAAGAGGGACAUAACUGCUGUGCAGCUCUGUGAGACUCAGAACUUUGUCUGCAAGUUACUGGAUCGGGAUCAUGGCGCAGUCUGGACUUCUACCUCUCCACCGAGUGGACCUCUGACUUUAAGGAUGUUGUUUAGUACUGAAGAUGGAGAAGAUACAUGGAUUGUUCCUGUUAAUAACAUACCAGAAAACUGGAAGGCUGGAGACACGUAUGACUCAGGAGUACAAGUAGACCAGUAGAGAUGCAGUAAAAUAUGAAGCCAUAUGUGACCAACAAAAUAUUGUUUAUUAAACUUUAUUUAUAUGCUAUUAUUACCCUGUUAUGAAAGAAAUAAAUAAAUAAGUCCACUGAGUUUAUCAUAUCAUUGAUCACAAGCAUGUUAGGUACAGGCCCAAUUAACAAGGCCCACUUUAAGUUAAUUUCAUGUUUUAAAUAGAAUAAGAGUUGGAAUUUCUUCAAAAAAAAAAAAUAGAAUAAGAGUAGGAGUCAGAUGGGCAUUUAGUUAUUUUUUAUGUUAGUUUGGUUUGAGAGAGAAUAGGCUCUCUAAUUCCUAGAGGAUUGGUUUAAUUGUGUGUAGCAA